GACUUGGUUAUCUGUGAUAUGCUAUCCGUUUCUUUUCGACUUACACGUCAUUCAAACUUGGAUUUUUUGAUUUCCACUCACAAGUUUUAGCUGUCGGCCCGGACCGGAAAAUAAUUUUCAUGAGCUUACUCGAACUGGGAAACAUCGGGACGAGAUAACUGCAUGUCAUGGGUUUGGUCUCUCCUUAAUAAUCUUUUUGAGAAAUACUGCUUGGCCGUUUGUUUCAGACUGAAAAACGAUGUGUGGUCAGGGAAAUAAAAUUGUGGAUAUGAAGGCUUUGAUUUUGGUUGGAGGAUACGGUACGAGGCUACGCCCUCUCACUCUAAGCAGGCCGAAGCCUCUGGUGGAGUUCGCGAACAAACCGAUGCUCCUGCAUCAGAUUGAGGCCCUGGUCGAAGUGGGUGUUAAAGAAGUGGUGCUGGCCGUUUCUUACAGAGCCGAGCAAAUGGAGAAGGAGCUGAGCGUAGAGGCGCAAAAGCUCGGGGUGAAGCUUAUCUUCUCCCACGAGACGGAGCCGCUGGGUACGGCAGGGCCGCUUGCUCUCGCCAAGGACAUACUCACCCAAAACCAGAAUCCUUUCUUCGUCCUCAACUCCGACAUCAUAUGUGAGUUCCCAUUCAAAGACUUGAUCGAGUUUCAUAAAAAUCAUGGCAAGGAGGGUACGAUUGUCGUGACCAAGGUCGACGAGCCGUCCAAGUACGGCGUCGUCCUAUAUGACGAAAAGGGCCGGAUCGAAAGUUUUAUCGAAAAGCCACAGGAGUUCGUCUCGAAUAAGAUCAACGCGGGGAUGUACAUUUUGAACCCGUCCGUACUCAACAGGAUACAGCUGAGACCGAUGAGCAUAGAAAAAGAAGUCUUUCCAUUCAUGGCUCAAGAUGGAGAACUGUACGCAAUGGACCUCCAAGGUUUUUGGAUGGACGUCGGACAACCAAAAGAUUUUCUCACCGGUAUGUGCUUAUACUUGGCUUCCUUAAGGCAGAAGUCCCCGUCGUUGCUGUACAACGGGCCGAACAGUGUUGGAAACGUUCUCGUCCACCCGACAGCGAAGAUAGGCGAGGGUUGUCAGAUUGGGCCGAAUGUCACAAUCGGACCAGGCGUCGUCAUUGAAAACGGUGUUUGCAUCAAGAGGAGCACCGUUCUCGAAAACGCCGUCAUCAAGUCGCAUUCUUGGCUCAGCGGUUGCAUAGUCGGUUGGAAGAGCCUAGUCGGCCAGUGGGUCCGAAUGGAAAACACGACCGUCCUCGGGGAGGACGUUAUAAUCAAAGACGAGCUUUACAUCAACGGUGGGCAAGUGCUGCCGCAUAAAAACAUCGCUGAUUCCGUUCGAGACCCUCAAAUCAUCAUGUAACUAAAGGGAUCAUUUAAAUUAUACUUUUUGAUUUGUUGA